UGUCAUUGUUCCAGCUCCUUUCCAGCUGCAAAACUGACGUUUGUGUGUAAAAAAUUGUGAAGUGAGAGACCGAGCUCGAGCUGUUUAUUAUUUACAUUUCAUUUAAUCAGACUAUCGUAACCAUAUUCUGUGUCCAAGAAAUCUCGUAGUCUCGAACAUCGGCAACGUAAACAUCUAUAAUGGAAGUGGAUCAGUUCGCGAGUGAUUGGAGCUACACCGGCGAAGGGUCUCGGCUGCCGCUUAUUGACGAAUCGACGGCUCUAGGAACUCAAGCUCCAAAAGACAGGCUGAUAGCGGUGCUGGACCAGGUAGAGAUGCGAGUGGAGCGCCUCCGACGAGACACAGUGCGCAUCGAGGAGGAGCGUGAUUCCCUACUCUCCACAUUGGACAGUGUCAAACACUCGGAGCUGCUUGCGGAUGUUUCAGAAUGCGACAGAGACGACAUCUCGCGGUACGCCGAACGCAUCCUAGCGCGCGCCCUCACAGUGGAGGUGUGUGUGCGCACCGACCGCGACCCGCAGCAGGAGGAGGCUUUGCAUCAGGUGAACAUGUACAUCGACCAGCUAGUGGUGUCCGUGCAGGAGGACGCGUGCACGGCGCACGCGCGCUGCCAGGCCUACAUGGCCGCCUGCUCCAGCGCCUCCGACUCGGCCGCCACCGACAAGAACUUCGAGACCGCCAUCCUCGGCUGCACGCUCGACGACCAGAAGCGAAUCAAGAAACGUCUCCAGGGACUCAUGGACUACUUCGCCAAGAAGAAUGUCACUUCGUGCUCGUGAGCUCCUUUUGAAGCUGCUAGGUUUUUGUUAGUGGUGUUCUAGAAAGUGUCAGAAAGGUGAGGGUCGCAAGCCGAGUCCACACGGAGCUAGGCACGUCGGCAAUUUCCUCGCGCGGCAAACGUGUUAUGUAAAUGUGCCUCGAGUGAGGCAUUGGGCUUUUGCCGCGCGAGCGUAAUGAUAUUACGCGACGUGCCUCGCUCUGUGUGGACCCGACGAAUGAAGAUUUUUGUUUUCACGCUUGCUAUGCUGAUUAUUCCACUUAACAACUAAGUUGAUUCAUAUUAAAGUCGAAAUUUCCUGUGACGCCUUAUGUCCGUAUGAUGAGGCUACAAUUUGAAGUAUUCACUAUUGUAUAUUAGAGCAGAUGUUAGGCAGUAUCACAGUAGCUACACAUAUAACUCGGGGUUUACGCAGUGAUGACAUAUAAAUAGUGAUCUUUGGACAAGCUGUAAUUUCAUAAUUGUUUGCAUAACUUCAAUGCUGACCUGUGCCUAGGAAAUAAAAACACUGUUUAAUCAAUUUCACCAGCUUUUGCAUUAGGAAAACCAAGUGCUUAUUGUUUGUGCUACGAAUCGUUGUAAGUUCCUGCUACAAAUACACAUCUCCCACCAAAUGUAGAAAUAUUUUUACAUUUUAAUAGGGCUACCUACCUCAUUCUGCUGACUCAAAUUUUUCACGAAUGAUGGCCAUUAUUCACAGAUCAUUUUGUAGUGUUGUGUUCAUAUGCUUUUUUGUCCUACUUUUAAAGCUUACGUUGCUAAAGGCAGCGGUGCAUUUACGUAUUUAAAUCGCUUUUUACCAGGAAACAUCUAGAUUUCGAUGUUGCCUGAAAACUUAUACAUUCGACAAAAAGGUAAUUAAUUUCGAGUGUUUGUUUGACUAUUGUUUGUGUUAGAAAAUUAGCUUUAUUUUUGCAUUCUUAAGUAUACGGACCAGAAAUGUUUCAUAAUGUAUGUAAUUUUUGAAGUGGGUUAUAGGUAUUCGUGCAAUUUAUUUUGACGAAUACAAGCGUACCUAAUACACGUUAGAGCUACUAUUACACCGAUAGAUGAUUUUUAUUGUAUUAUUUGUUGGAAAUGUUGUGUACCUAUUGAAUGUAUGCCCAAUAAUAAUGUGUGUACUUCAAUAGAUGACACUCAUUAAUGCAGAUAUAUUCAAAUAUUCAUAAAAUAUGGCCUAUACUAUACAUAAUCAUAUAAAGUGGAAAAAUAACUAGUAGUUUACCUAAAUGAAAAAAAAAAUCAUCUGAGUAGCUGUAUAAGGACUGAUUUCUAAUAGAACUGCCAUUAUUUUGAUUUGAUUCAGAUUUCACAGUUAUGGCGAUAUUUCCAUACUCUGUCACUACCAAAAUCCGUACAUAGUUAACUUAGAGGGAGUAUUGUUGAUAAUGAUAACUAGUGCAAGUUAUGCUCACAGUUUAGGGCCCUAUCACACUAGCGUGUUCAAAUAGAGGUGAGCGCGCAGUGAGUUCUCUGCGAGCGAGCGUGUAACGUUCUUGUUGCGUACUAAAAUAUUGAUAUUCUUAGAAAAUACGUAGUGUGCUCGCGUCUAACGGCUCAGCCACGACAUUGGACUGCGCGACAGCGGCGAGCGGCGGCCAUGCAUUGGAGCGAGACACAGCGAUGGGACUUUUCAUUCGCAUGUAUGGCUGCCGCUCACCGCUGUCGCGCU